AUGGGUGUUUUGGGGUACAUAAACAUCUCAUUUAUCCAUAUAUGUAAGGAAAUGAUGCCAUUGCCUGAGAUUUACUCUGAGGAAGUGAUAGGACUGCCUGGACCAGAAGAAAUAUCUGCCUCUCAAAACGUGACUAUUGAUUACAUCAUUGUCUCCCACCUACUUGUGUUUGUCGACAUAGUCUGUACAGACAACACUAUUCCACGUGAUAUCCUGCAUCCACAUCGACGCGCCCUCUGGCAGCAACUCCGCUUAGAAAUACUCAACUUCCUGUGUAGCAUGCACGGGACAAUGGCCCAGGUCCCUCAUGUCUCGAAUGAUAUCACCCUUCCAUGUGUCAGAGAGGCUUCCUGUAAUGGUCCACGCUCGGGAUUUACACGUGACAGUCGAAACUUCCUUAUAGCCAGUGCUGUCCGGGACGUGUUUAGUCGCCUCCAGCACAAAUACAGUUUGUUAUCAAACCAGUAGUCCGGCAGAAAAAUUAAUAAUCCUUUGUCAUCAUUUAUAAUCAGCGACUCAAGAGGAAACUAACUUUGCAGCAUUUUUGUUAAAUUUCGGAAUGUGAUUCGUCGUGUGACAUUUGUUCCCUUUCUCAUUGAUGACGUGAUUUAGUUGUUUUUAAUUUGUAAGUCCAGUAAACAUACUCAUUGUUGGCAUUAGUGAGUUUACGUAUGUAUUAAUUUUGCCCUUUAUUUUUGGAUUUGUCCUCCGCGCAUUUUAAACAUGGUUGCUUUGUAUAUUAAGUUUUGUUUACUACUGCCGAUGACUCGUAGAUGUAUUUUACAUUGAAGAACUUACCUUUAUUUUAUAGGUGGAAUAUACAUUUUAUCAAUUACGAAUAUUUUUCAGUUAUUAUUUUUACUUUGAAUUAAAACACAUAUC